ACUAUUUUAUCGGACGUUUAUUUGUUUUUGUAGUGUAACAAAUAACAUUUAAUGAGGCGAUGAACAUUAAGGGUCUGACAUAUCCUUUAAAUGGCAACACUGACUACCGACAAGUUUACAACCUAAACGUUCACGUUGGUGAAAUAAACCGCAUUUAAGUAAAAAUAAGUGAUGAAAAUAAUUCAAUAGGUAAUAGUAAUAGUAUUAUAUUUUUAUUUUUCUACAUCUUUGAAAGUACAUUGAGGAAAGAUUAUUGUGAAAUUUACGUUGUGAAGUAUGAAUAUCAACCAAAAUGUAAUCUCUGUGAAAGUAUCUAGAACAUAGGAGUACACACGCCACUCGAAAGCAAUUGUUUUAUCUGAGGAAUUAUUACGCAACUGGGUUUUUGUCGUCGGCUGGCACGAUAUCGAGGCGCCUUUGCAGACGAUUGUGACGGCCCUGCUGCUGCUGCUCGUUCUGCGAAUCAAACGCGAGUUAUUUAUCUGGUAACGGACUGUAUUAUAUGUUAUAUUUUCUAAGAAAUCUGUAUUUAACAAUUCUCAUGAGGAAUAUAAUUAUUUCUUGGGAUAGGGCGUUUUAUUAUAUAUGUUUUCCAUAAGGGACUAAUCUCGACAGUUUGCCUAUGACAGAUAUACGCGUUUCGAUUUGUUAACAUUUGGAAAAUUAAUAAAUUCUAUAGUUUCGACGAAUGACUUAUUUGAAGGUCUUAAGCGUUUGGUGAAGAGUGAAUUUAAAUUAGAAUAAAAAUAAACUUGUCCAAUCAAUUUCAAAAUGGUUGGUCUUUCAAGAACAACUUUUUACAUGGUAGUGUGUGCUAUAGUUUUGGCAGUUGCUACUGCAGACAACAUUAAAAUCAACGAUGCCCCAAAAGAGGUGAGGCUUGACAAGAUUCAAGAAGAAAUGGAAGAACUAGAAGAUCAGUUUCCACAUAAAACGCAAGUGCAUCACUUUGCUCGUCACGGUCUGUGCAAUCACAUGCCCGGCAAACUGAAGUUCUACAAAGCUCUGCAGAAUCACUUCCACAGCAUAUCAGAUCAUAUGAAGAUCAACUUUAUAAUGGAUAUAUGUGCUCGCAAGGAUGAAAUGCUGGACCAUUGGGUAAAAGAAAUCUUCGACAGAGAUGGGGAUGGCUACAUCUCACACUUCGAGAAAGAGUUGUAUGACCACAAUUGAGACCGAUGCAAGACUGUCAACGUUAAUCAGGAAUUACUAUCCUGAGAAUACACAUGGGAAUAUUGCAUAAACGAAAACAUUAAUGCAAAAGACACUUUCUACUUGAUAUAUUGACAAGAAUAAAUGCAUGGUCUGGGAGAAGACACUGAUUAUUGAUGACAGAUAUCAAGUUGGUGCAGAAACGUGGACCUUCACAAUUAUUGUGGAACAACCACAACGCUUCAAACUGUUUUUAUACAGGCGCUGCACUCUCUAUGAUUAUGCUUUUUUUGAAAACGAGACGUCAAUAAAUUAAUGACGAUCUGUUUAUAAUUAUGAUUUUGAGGAUGCUGCUGCUGAUUAUUAAGAUACUACUACUACUACUAAUACAAAUAUUAACAACAAAAAUAAUACCAGGUAAUAUGUUUUUUUUAUUUUUGAAUUCAAAGUAACCUGAUAAUUGAACUGAAAUUGAUACAUGGUAUUGAAAUUCAAAUGGUUGUGGCAAUAAUCAUGCAGUUAUUAAGUUAUACUUGUAUAAUGGACAUAUACUAAUUGGCUUUAACGUGUAUAUUAUGAACACGCUUGCAUUCUGUGAAGAAAAACACACAACGACCUUGUAUUAUAAAACAUGUUGUUUUACCAGAAUAAAGGUGAUAACUUUACGUUGAA